GGAGGGUCAUCACUCAGGGGUUAAAGGGGGAAAAGAGGGGCACCUUCUUUUUAUUCCACAUUGAAUAAUUGGUUCCAGUUGGAUUUGGGGUGAAACCAACUGGAUUUCUUUCAAUCCAAUACCUCUUGAUGAUGUGUAUUCUUUGAGUGUGUUUCUUUUUUGAUCCUCCUUUUGUUAUCUCCUUUCUUAUUCCAUCUCUCCCGCUCCUCACAUUUAGGGGUUUUGCGUGUGCCUUGUUGAUGAUGCAUCAAAGAAAGGGGCCCCGAAUCUGCCUCCUUUUUACUGAUCCCUGCUGCAGCCACUCCAAAUCAGCUUCUGAGCUGUGUGUUUCUUUUGUUUUGGCAUGAUUGCAAGUCCAAGUUUGGAGGAUUUUUUUUGUUGAGGGUUUUUUUUUUCCUGUGUCUUCAGAGAUUGUACUCAGCAUCACUUUCUUCACAUGUUGCUCUGAGAUAAUUUGGAAUUUUGCUGCACUGCUGAAUUCCCUGCUCAAUCCACAGCUGCCUGAGUUGCAGAUUUUGAUUCUCUAUAUAUCUAGGCGCUUUAAACAGCUUCCCUUCUUGAAAGCCACUUUAUCCUGAAAAUAUUACACUUUCUUUUCUGUUUUUCGGUGGAGAAGGGCGAUCAAGAAUCUUCAAUUCGAAUUGAUUACAUGGCUCUUGUGGGUUUUCGUUGAGCUUUUGCUUGAUUUUAGGGUAUUUUGCCUGAUUGCAGAUUUUGGAAUAAUUCUUGUGAAGUUCGAAGGUUGCUCGUCUGAAGAUCUUAGAUUGCAUUUGAAUUGUGCCAAACUAGCCAAGGGCUGUAUGAAUAAUUUGAAGUGGUGGCUCUUGUUGGAUCUUCCUUGAUUUUGUGCUUGCUUUCUUUGGAAUAGUUUCUCAACUCUAGCUUGGUCUUAAAAUCAGUCUCUCACAAGAUGUGCUAGUGUGUUUUUGGUGAAGAUGUCUUCCAAUCACAAGCAUUCUUGCUCAAAUGGAAAUAUAUCGCCCUCUUACAAUCUGAAGGAGGGUAAAAGGGGGUUGUUGCGGCGAAAAGCAAGAAGUAGAAGAUUGAAACAAGGUCUUGCAUUAUUGGUUGUUUUGUUUGUGUUAAUGUGGGUCUUGACUUGCUUGAGCAGUGGGUCAUUAGGCUGGAAAGUGAAGACUCGUGUUAGAAAUGAAGAUCAUUCUAAUGAUUCAUCCGAGAACUGCAACGCGGAGAAAAUUGCAUGUUCCGAGUGCUGUAGUUCUGUAGCAUGUGCGCUUAAGAUGCUAGGUUCUGAGAAUCAGAUCUUCCAAAAGCAAUGUAAAUUGGUGACUGAAAAUUUUGAGCUCAGUGCACAUUGCUCUUCACUACAGAACACUAAUGCUAAAUGUCUUGGUUCACUGCCGGCUGAGGAGAUUUCUGCAUUAACCAUUCGGAAUUCCACGCUUUCAUCAAUAUCUACUGCACAGAUAUGUUACAAAGAGAAUGAAUUGCAAAUGCGAGAGUUUCAUGCUCGUACUGCAGAUCAUUGUGAGAACAUUUAUCUCAGGUUUGCCAAAAUAUUCUUGUGGAUCUUUGUUGGAAUGGCUGUAAGCUACAACCUUCGCAAGUUAUAUGAACAACGUAGGGGUCAAACGAAUGAGCUGGUACAGCAGCAACCAUUAUUGCUGCAGCAUCCUCAGUUGCCACUGUACGCGCAACAUCACUCCCGAAGCACUGGAAAGUGGAGGAAGAAGCUUCUGGUUAUUUUUGUCUUAGGUGGCGUUAUUUUCUCUGUUUGGUUGUUCUGGUAUUUACAUGAAGAUAUAAGGUUGAGAAGGAAAGAAACUCUGGCAAGCAUGUGUGAUGAGCGCGCACGAAUGCUCCAGGACCAAUUCAAUGUCAGCAUGAACCAUGUUCAUGCCUUGGCCAUUCUUAUUUCUACAUUCCAUCAUGGGAAGCAACCUUCUGCUAUUGAUCAGAAAACAUUUGAAGAUUAUACUGAGAGAACAGCUUUUGAGAGACCUCUUACUAGUGGUGUUGCUUAUGCUUUGAGAGUUCGCCACUCAGAGAGGAAGCGCAUUGAGAAACAGUAUGGAUGGUCGAUCAAGAAAAUGGAUGUUGAAGAUCAAACUUUAGCUCAAGACUAUAACCCAGAGAACUUCCGCACCUCACCUUUUCAAGAUGAAUAUGCCCCUGUUAUUUUCUCACAGAAAACUGUUUCUCACAUCUUAUCAAUCGAUAUGAUGUCUGGCAAGGAAGACCGAGAGAAUAUAUUGCGAGCUAGAGCUUCUGGAAAAGGAGUCCUGACAUCACCUUUCAAGCUAUUAAAAUCCAAUCACCUUGGCGUUGUACUUACUUUUGCCGUCUACAAUGCUGACCUUCCACCCAAUGCGACACCUGUGCAGCGAAUAAAUGCUACAGUAGGGUAUCUAGGUGCUUCUUAUGAUGUUCCAUCAUUAGUUGAGAAGCUUCUACAUCAGCUUGCUAGCAAACAGACUAUUAUUGUGAACGUAUAUGACACUACUAGUAAAGCUGCUCCAAUUCAAAUGUUUGGUAUGGAUGUCGCCGACAAUGGAUUGUUGCAUAUAAGCCACCUUGAUUUUGGGGAUCCAACAAGAAAGCAUGAGAUGCAUUGCAGGUUUAAAAAUAAGCCGCCUCCACCAUGGCAAGCUAUAACUGCAUCUGUUGGAGUACUUGUUAUCACUUUGCUUUUAGGUCAUAUCUUUUAUGCAGCCAUAAAUCAAAUUGCUAAAGUGGAACAUGACUAUCGGGAGAUGAUGGAGCUCAAGCAUCGGGCUGAAGCAGCUGAUGUGGCAAAGUCCCAGUUUCUAGCGACAGUGUCACAUGAAAUCCGGACACCAAUGAAUGGAGUUUUGGGUAUGCUUCAGAUGCUAAUGGACACAAAUCUUGAUCCCUGCCAACUGAAUUAUGCUCAGACUGCUCAUGAUAGUGGAAAAGAUUUGAUAUCAUUAAUAAACAAGGUUUUGGAUCAGGCCAAGAUUGAAUCUGGAAGGCUUGAAUUAGAGGCUGUUCCUUUUGAUCUGCGUGCAGUUCUUGACAAGGUCCUAUCGAUUUUUUCUGGGAAAUCUCAUGAAAAAGGGAUAGAGCUGGCAGCUUAUGUAUCUGAGAAGGUACCAGAAGUGGUCAUCGGAGACCAGGAACGAUUUGGGCAGAUCAUCACAAAUCUUGUGGGGAAUUCAAUUAAGUUUACGCAAGACAGGGGGCAUAUUUUUGUUUCUGUUCACUUAGCUGAUGAAGUAAGGCUUGCCCUUGAUGUGAAGGAUGAGGUUCUAAAACAAAGCUUAGGUGCAGGUCAAAGGGAUUCGAAUGCUUCUUUUAAUAAUACACUGAGUGGGUGUCCGGUAGUCGAUAGAAGGAAAAGUUGGGAAAAUUUUAAGAAGCUUGGAGACACUGCCGAAGAAUCUGGAAGAAUCAAAUUGCUUGUAACUGUUGAAGACACCGGCACAGGAAUACCUCCUGAAGCACAGGGGCGAAUUUUUACGCCUUUUAUGCAGGCCGACAGCUCUACAUCCCGUAAAUAUGGUGGAACUGGCAUAGGACUGAGCAUCAGCGAGCGCUUAGUAGAUCUUAUGGGUGGAGAAAUUGGUUUUGUUAGUGAGCUUAACACUGGCAGUACCUUUACAUUUUCUGUAUCCUUCAACCAGAUGGAAGCAAAUUCAGCAGACAAAAUGUGGCAGCCAUGCAAUCCGCCUGUUUCGGAAUUUCAGGGACUACGAGCAUUAGUCGUUGAUGAGAAAAGAAUAAGAGCAGAGGUCACAAGAUACCAUCUUCGAAGACUAGGAAUUCAUGUGGAUAUAACUUGCAGUGUGGAGUCUGCCUGCGCUUACCUUUCCGAAAAUUACAGGACUAGUGCUUCAGAGUCGGACGUGCUUUCUAUGGUUCUCAUCGACCAAGAAAUUUGGGAUAACGAAACCUGCUUUCCACUGCAUGAAAUGAUCAAGAUAGUGAGAGUCGAUAGCUCUGGAUACAAAUCCAAAUCUCGACUGAAGAUUUUCUUACUGGCGACUUGCCUAAGCUCCACCGACCUGAUCAAGCUUAAGUUAGACGAAUUAAUGGACGGUUUGAUACUAAAGCCUCUGAGAUUGAACACAUUAAUGUCGACAUUCCUGGAAGCCGCUGGAAAGAGGCUUGAUACAAGGGAUAAUCCGUCUAAUCUUAGAAGUCUUCUCAAAGGCAAACAGAUUUUGGUGGUCGAUGACAACAGCGUAAACAGAAGAGUGGCUGAAGGUGCUCUAGAGAAGUACGGUGCAGUCGUUACAUGUGUAGAAGGAGGCCAGCUUGCCGUUGAUUUGCUUAAGCCUCCCCACAAGUUCGAUGCUUGCUUCAUGGAUCUUCAAAUGCCCGAAAUGGACGGGUUUGAAGCUACACGAGAGAUUCGAAGGCUUGAAAAGGAAUAUAAUUCAAGAAUUGCUUCCGAAAAACCAUCAUCUUCGUCUGAAUGGCACACCCCAAUAUUAGCUAUGACAGCAGAUGUCAUUCAUUCAACAAAUGAAGUUUGUGUGACGAGCGGGAUGGAUGAUUAUGUAUCUAAGCCGUUUGGCGAGGGACAGCUGUACUCCGUGGUCGCACGAUUCUUUGAGACAGGAUGACCUGGACCAGAACUGACUUUAGGUCUGAAAUGAACCAGUUCAGACAUUUAACUUCUGACCAGUGUGUUUGUAUUCGCUACCACAUCGCCAGAGGCUUGUAAAACACACACUUGCAGGACUAAUACGCUCUUGCAUUUUAGGAGGGCCUGGAAGUUCAAACAAGAUCGAAUACAUGCUAUAGGGGGGAGGAUCAAAACAUGCAUUUCUAACAGCUAAUCCACGUCGCUAACUGAUGCAGCUGCGCAGGAUUUGUCGCGCUUAGAAUGACCGGCGCGAAGUACUGCAAUAUACGCAUAGUAGAAUCAUUGACAUGAACCGCAAGAACAGUGUACACAUCGAAUACUUGCUUGCUAUAAGUAUAUAUGUCCACGGUGAAGAAAUCUUAGGUUUUUGGCAUCAGUGUUUUAGUUUGAUGCAGAAGAAAGCAUCUCUACAUGUAUGUAUGUGUAUAUAUUAUACAUAUAUUUGUGUAUAGUUUUGGUAGGAAUGAAUAGUAAUGAGGCAAGAUUGUGCUGAGAGUAAUGCAUAAGAUGAUCUGAGUUAGUAGGUGGGUUUUAUUUUUA